AUGUUGACAGUGUUGAAAGGCAACGGUAGUAGCAGUCUGCUGUUGGAGAUCGUAGAAUCUAAUUUACCCGAGGGGAAAUUUUCCAAGAAGAUCAACCUUGUUACUUCAAGCGGUCUAUAUCCAGUGAAGCUUCAGAAGAACGAAUACGGUUUGAUCAAUUUUGUCGGGCCCUGCUGGAAGGAGUUGUGCAGUGAUCUUGAACUCCAAGACGGUGGCAAAGUGGUAAUGGAGGAUAUCAGUUUAUGCGGGAAAACAUCAUUGUUGUUUGUCCCUUUCGACACUGAUCAAUGUGUGAAGGAAUCUACACGUACAUCAUUGGUAGACACGUAUUCGUUCUUGGUUCCCUCAACCAAAGAAAUCUAUGCAGAAGUUGUCAUCCCUAAACAGGGCAAGGAAAAUGGAUUGUCACCUUGUGCAAUGGAUGCCGGUGAAUGCAGGAGCGAAGGACUAUCUAAUAACCAGUUUGAUGUGGUGUUAGACAGGGACGUCUUCAGAAGUAACAGAAUUGAAAUCCCUCCAAGUAUGGUAACCAAGUUCGAUUUGAUGAGGAAAGAAUUUGCAUAUAUAAUUCAUCCAAAUGGAAGGUUCACUGCAAAUAUAAUGGCAAGGCAGUUAUACGUAUCUAGCACAAGCAUGAAGCCUUGGGUCGUCAUGGAUGCAAAUUGGUCGAUGUUGACAGUUCGGAACAAUGAUUCGGGUAGAGGAACCAUAAUGCGUUUUGAAUUGGUUCGUCACAGGAAUACAGAUGCAGCUAAUGGAGUGGCAUUCUCCGUAACCUUUCAUAGUGUGUAG